AUGGCCUCCUCCUCCAGACGCGGCAAAGCCCCUGCCCAAAAACGGAAUCAAACAGAAACACCCAUUUCCAGGCAUCGACUGUCCAUCUUCCUGGCCCUCUUCACUUUUCGUCUCGUCAACAGCUACUUUGUUCAGACCUCCUUCCAGCCAGAUGAAUACUUCCAAUCGCUUGAGCCAGCAUGGGACAUUGCUUUCGGCCCAGAGAGCGGCGCCUGGCUGACGUGGGAAUGGCAAUCGCAUUUGCGGACCUCAGUCCACCCCUAUUUCUUCGCCUCAAUCUAUACAGUCGCAGACAAGCUCAGCAAUUUCCUCUCACUGACGCCACAUUCUCGCGCCGCGGCCCUCCUCGCAGCUCCGAGAAUCCUGCAAGCUUUCUGGGCUGCUUGGAUGGAUUUCUGCACUUGGAAGCUUGCUGCGAAACUCUAUCCCGGACCGGAAGUUAGGGGAGCAGCGCUGGCCUUGACCGUGUGGAGUCCUUGGCAGUGGUUCUGUUCCACAAGGACCUUCUCCAACUCACUCGAAGCAACGCUCACGGCGGGAGCCUUGGUGUUGUUCCCGUGGAGGUUCUUUCUUGAGAAGCAGAACGAGAAGACCACUCCAGAGGGUCUUUGGUCCGCCCUGAUUGCGGCUGCUGCUGCAUUCUAUUUCCGACCCACGAACAUCAUAAUUUGGAUCACAAUCAGCGUGGGCUUGGUUUGGUGUAGUCGGAGCUUGUCUAGAGCUCUCACCCUUCUACAGUCUGCAGCCAUGGUGGGCACCUGUGUCAUCGCACUCUUCGCCAGCAUCGACAGAGUGUACUACGCUGAAUGGGCUUUUCCGCCCCUCAAGUUUCUGUACAUCAAUCUCUUUCAGUCUCUGGCCGUAUUCUACGGCCGGAACCGCGUGGACUACUACUUCACCGAAGGCCUCCCCCUCUUACUUACGACCGCCCUCCCAUUCGCCGCGAUCGGCCUAUGGGAUGCUGUCCGUUCCGACGGAGGUGACUGGAGAAAGCAAACUCAAUGGAUCCUAGCAGCAGCAACAUUGAUCACCGUUCUAUCCCUCUCCACAAUCGCUCACAAAGAGAUGCGAUUCAUCUAUCCUCUACUUCCAAUCCUCCACAUCUUAGCCGCCCGACCGCUUGCUGCAUUUUGUUCAUCCCGUAACAAACAAUUACUAUUACUCGUUGGACUGGCGGUCAAUGYUUACAUCGCAUACUAUACCACUGCAGUUCACCAACGCGGAGUCAUAGACGUCAUGCACUAUCUACGAAACGUCCAAGAAUCACGGAUGAAUGAUUCGGGAGCAGCGACACGAUCCUUGAGCGUAGGUUUCCUCAUGCCCUGCCAUAGUACACCUUGGAGAAGCCACCUCGUGUACCCAGAGAUCGAAGCCUGGGCGUUGACAUGCGAGCCGCCCCUUGGACUUUCGAUGGAGGAGCGGGAGACUUAUCUUGACGAAGCAGACAUCUUCUACGAAGAUCCGGCGAAGUGGUUGAAAGGAAACAUGGGAGAGAAGAAAAGGCCGUGGCCAGAGUAUCUGGUUUUUUUCGAACAGCUCGAAGAUUCCAUGAAAGCGAUCAUGGCAAGUGAUAGUAGAGGAUACACCGAAUGCAGGCGCUUCUUCAAUACGCAGUGGCAUGACGAUGGGAGGCGGAAAGGAGACGUUGUGGUAUUCUGCAGUGAAGCUGGAAAUGGGCUUUAG